CCUUGAACCUGGAACCCUUGAUAAGACAGUUACACAUACUGUAAGUCACAGUCAGACAGUCAUCACUGAGAGGUGAAAUGGAGCAGAAAGGAGUUCAGCUGGACCGGGAAACCUUCUCUUGUUCCAUCUGUCUGGAUCUACUGAAGGAUCCGGUGACUACUCCCUGUGGACACAGCUACUGCAUGAACUGUAUUAAAAGCCACUGGGAUGAAGAGGAUCGUAAGUACAGCUACAGCUGCCCUCAGUGCAGACAGAGCUUCACACCGAGGCCUGUCCUGCUGAAAAACACCAUGUUAGCAGAUUUAGUGGAGGAGCUGAAGAAGACUGGACUCCAAGCUGCUCCUGCUGAUCACUGCUAUGCUGGAGUUGAAGAUGUGGCCUGUGAUGUCUGCACUGGGAGAAAACUCAAAGCACACAAGUCCUGUCUGAUCUGUCUUGUCUCUUACUGUGAGAAACACCUUCAGCUUCAUUACGAUGUAGCUCAGUUAAAGAAACACAAGCUGGUGGAGCCGUCCAAGAAGCUCCAGGAGAACAUCUGCUCUCGUCAUGAUGAGGUGAUGAAGAUGUUCUGCCGUACUGAUCAGCAGCUUAUCUGUUAUCUCUGCUCUGUGGAGGAACAUAAAGGCCACGACACAGUCUCAGCUGCAGCAGAGAGAGCUGGGAGGCAGAGAGAGCUCGAGGGGAGUCGACCAAACAUCCAGCAGAGAAUCCAGGACAGAGAGAAAGAUGUGAAGCUGCUUCAACAGCAGGCGGAGGCCAUCAAUCUCUCUGCUGAUAAAGCAGUGGAGGACAGCGAGAAGAUCUUCACUGAGCUGAUCCGUCUCCUGGAGAAAAGAAGCUCUGAUAUGAAGCAGCAGGUCAGAUCUCAGCAGAAAAGUGAAGUGAGUCGAGUCAAAGAGCUUCAGGAGAAGCUGGAGCAGGAGAUCACUGAGCUGAAGAGGAAAGACGCUGAGCUGAAGAAGCUCUCACACACAGAGGAUCACAACCAGUUUCUACACAACUACCCCUCACUGUCACCACUCAGCCAAUCUACAUCCAGCAUCCAUAUCUGUCCUCUGAGCUGCUUUGAGGACGUGACAGCGGCCGUGUCAGAAGUCAGAGAUAAACUACAGGACGUUCUGAGAAAGAAGUGGACAAACGUCUCACUGACAGGGACUGAAGUGGACGUUUUACUGCCACAACCAGAGCCCAAGACCAGAGCUGGAUUCUUAAAAUAUUCACGUGAAAUCACACUGGAUCCAAACACAGUAAACACACAUCUGUUAUUAUCUGAGGGGAACAGGAAAGCAACAUUAAUGAGACAAAAACAGUUUCAUCCUAGUAACCCAGAAAGAUUCACUGGCUGGCCUCAGAUUCAUGAGGAGGAUCCCGCCUUUGCCAGGCACCUCAUGGAGACUCGCUGGCUGUCUGUGGAGCAGGAAUUUGGCUUUCCUGCCUCCAAGCCUGGCAGCCUUCCAGAAACCCUGCUGACGUGCAGUUCUUCUGAGCCUCAGCUAGCCAGUCCUCCUGAGCCUCAGAGGGGCAGCUUUCCUGAACUUCAGCAGCCUACCAGCCUACCAGUUUCUUUUGAGGGCACCCACCUAGCCAUAUUCCCUGGGACCCGUGGAGGCCGUAGACGGGGAAAAGGACGACAUGGCUCCCGACGACAUGCCCCGCUUCAACCUCUCUUCAGUCCGGAGUCCUCUCUGUUCAUCGGCCCUGAGCCAGUGCUGUCCAGAGGCCCCGAGCCCGAGCUGUCCAGUGUUUCCGAGCUGUCCAGAGUGCCUGAGCUGACCAGUGAGCCUGUGCUGUCCAGUGGUUCUGAGCCCGAGGUCUCCAGCGACCCCGAGUUCGUGCUGACCAGUGUUACAGUUCCUGAGUCUACCAGUGUUCCCGAGUCUGAGUUGACCAUUGUUCCUGAGCUGACGUGCAGCUUUCCAGAGUUCCAGCUGACGUGCAGCAUUCCAGAACCUCCACUGACUCGACCUCUGUUCCUGUUGCCUGUUUGGCGGACUCCAGCCCAGCUGAUCCGCCGCCUGGCUUCAGUCCAGCUGACUCGUCGCCUGUCUCCAACCCAGCUGCCCCUUCUCCUGCUCGACCUGCCUGUCUUCCAGAGGGGUAUCGCCUUCUUCGCCGCCGGCCUUCAGAGGGGUAUCGCCUUCGCCGCCGACCGCCAGAGGGCCACCUCCUUCUCCGCCGGCCGCCAGAGGGUGGCCCCUCUGGCCCUCUGUUUCCCCGAGGCCUCUCCGGCCCUCUGUUUCCCCCAGGCCUCUCCGGCCCUCUGUUUCCCCGAGGCCUCUUUGCCCACUAGUCCCCCGUGCCCUAGUGCCUAA